GUCUGUCUGCCUGAAGCCGCACUCACUCGCUCUCGCUCUCUCUCUCUCCCCCUCAGUCUCUCCGUGACUCUCUGUUCCACUGGGUCUCUGCCUCCCACACAUACCCCAACACUAGCCCACUGCUGCAUCUCGGUGCUUUGAAGAAAACCAACAUCGAUCCCAUUGCUGUGUGACCAUGUCUGUCAGAGCUCUGAAGACCACCACUGUCUCCUCCAGGUCCAACUCCUCCGGGGGGGGCGGGGUCGGUCCAGGCCAGAGGUGCUACAGCAGCCGCUCCUUCUCCGGCUACGGGGGUCCCGGCGCUGGCAAGCAGUCCUUCGCCGUCCGCAGCUCCUAUGGGGGCGUGGGCUCCAGCGGGGCCGGCAUGGGGGCCGGCAACGGGGGCUUUGUGGUGGGCGGGUACGCGGCCGGAGGGUCGGGUCAGAGAGGCGGCGCCGUAGAGUAUGGCUACAUGGGCGUCGGUGGAGGUAUGGGUGGCGGUAUGGGCAUGGCUGGGGGUAUGGGUGGAGGCAUGGCCACCAGGGCGGCCCCCAUCACGUCUGUGACGGUCAACAAGAGCCUCCUGGCGCCCCUGAACCUGGAGAUCGACCCCAGCAUCCAGGUGGUCCGCACCCAGGAGAAGGAGCAGAUCAAGGGCCUCAACAACCGCUUUGCCACCUUCAUCGACAAGGUGCGCUUCCUGGAGCAGCAGAACAAGAUGCUGGAGACCAAGUGGAAGCUGCUCCAGGAACAGACCAGCAGUCCCUCCAGCAUGGACGCCAUGUUUGAAGCCUACAUCUCCAACCUGCGCAGACAGCUCGACGGCCUGGGCAACGAGAAGCUGCGGAUGGAGUCCGAGCUGUAUAGCAUGAAGAGCAUGGUCGAGGACUUCAAGAACAGGUAUGAGGAAGAGAUCAACAAGCGCAACGAGGCGGAGAACACCUUUGUGCUGAUAAAGAAGGAUACAGAUGCAGCCUAUAUCGUUAAAGUUGAACUUGAGGCUAAAUUGGACGGCCUCUCAGAUGAACUUGAAUUCCUGAGACAGCUCUACGAUAUGGAGCUGCGUGAGCUGCAGAGCCAGAUCAAGGACACCUCGGUCGUCGUGGAGAUGGACAACAGCCGUAGCCUGGACAUGGACGCCGUGGUGGCGGAGGUGCGCGCUCAGUAUGAGGACAUCGCCAACCGCAGCAGGGCCGAGGCCGAGGCCUGGUACCAGUCUAAGUAUGCAGAGAUGCAGCAGUCAGCAGGGCAGCAUGGAAACGACGUGAAGUCAACCAAGGCUGAGAUCGCCGACAUGAACCGCAGGAUAAUGAGGCUUCAGUCGGAGAUCGACAUGGUGAAGGCCCAGCGCAACACCCUGGAGGGUCAGAUUGCAGAGGCUGAGGAGCGCGGCGAGAUGGCUGUGAAGGACGCCAAGCUCCGCAUCAGAGACCUGGAGGAGGCCCUCCAGAGAGCCAAGCACGACAUGGCCUUGCAGGUCCGCCAGUACCAGGAGCUGAUGAACGUCAAGCUGGCCCUGGACAUUGAGAUCGCCACCUACAGGAAGCUGCUGGAAGGAGAGGAGGACAGGUUGCUCACAGGGAUCAAGACGUCAUGUGUGUCAAAGCAGACAUCUGUGAAUUACAACGCCUAUAACUGCAUGGAGAGCUCCCGCACACCAUCAUACGUGAGCGCCUCCUUCGGUGGAUCACAAGCAGUCAGCACCGCCUUCGGUGGCCACGAGGGGGCAGUGGUGAGCAGCGGAGACGACAAAGAAAGCAGCAGCAGCUCCGCCGCCACGGUCACCAAGGUAGAAGCCGUUGUUGUCAAGACGGAGGAGAAGCAGGAGGCCGAGGCCGAGCCGGUGGCGCCGGUGGCUGCCGAGGAAAAGGAGAUUGCCGCUGUGGAGCAGGAGGCCACAGCAGAGGACGAGCCAGUGGAAGCCCCCGUUGAAGAGUAAAGUUCAUUCGUUCACCUGAAUGGUUGACCCCUUGAUGUCGUGGUUCGAUGAUCUAUUUCAUUCUGUUAAAAACAGAUAAUUGGGGGAAAAAUAAAUCAAUAAAUUGUUCCACACAUUUGCCAACCGUAUAAUGCUGAUUGCAUUUGUGUUCAAAUUUGAUGCAAACCUCAAUGUGAAAUAAAGGACUUAUGUAAACAGGAUAUGUAUCAGGCCUACUGAUGAAAGCCCAAUGGGCUCUUCAAGAACAGUUGAAGAAAACUUUUUUUCAUUUCAACUGUGUUUCAUCCCAAAAUCCUCUGAUUUGAAUAAAGAUUCAAAAGUUUCCUUUGAA